AUGUCAGACUCCCAGUGGCUUUGGGACCCCUUGACUAUCUGUCAGAUGGGGCCCCUUAGGGAAAAUAAGACGUGCUGUGGCAUUACCAAGAAAGGGGAUGCUUGCCAGUUGAUUGUGAAGAAAGAGACCUUGAAAGAAGGUCGGCACAAGUUGAACAACCUUGCACGAAGCCCAUUCAAUCUUUCUACACUCGACUCCCAGUUAAGCGACAUCGCACCCUUCUUCCUCUGCAAACAGUGGCAUCGAGCACGUCAGCACGAUGAUAUUAAACAGCAAUGGUUCAAUGCAGCCGUGCGUAAUCAGACCGAUGCACAAGAUUCCCCGCGCCAACCUGUUUCACAAAUCACCGGGGAAGAAAUCGACCGAGCGCAACAGGAAACAGCCAGUACUGCCUUGGAGCCAGACGAGUUUCCUCCAACAUGGGGUACCACAUGGCUAGAUGUGACUCUGCCUCCUGGUCGGGAUGUCACACCAGACAUGCUUGCAAUGAAUCGAGUGUACUGGGAUGUUUCAUCGGAUGAUCCGGCCAUUCUAUCCAUUCACAAUGAAUACGGUGGACUACACUCCCUCCAGAUUCACGCCGUUCGCCAAGAGUCCUGUCCAGAUGGUGAGAAGUGUUCAAUUUGCCUCGAGGGAGAUAGCGAUGAAUGUGCCAUGUUACAAUGCGAUACAUGUAAGGGGGUGGUUCAUUUGGGGUGUAUGGAGGGAUGGCUCGCCCAUCGAUUACCGGGAAAUAACACCUCUUGCCCGCCACAUCGAUGUCAUGGAUCGUUCAGCGCUCUCUUACGCUCAUCCGCCGUUGAAAAUACUACUGCCGAGUCGACAGCAGAAACACCUCUCGAUGCCACAUACACACUAGUAGAAGAAACAAGUGUUCCAACAGCACCUCCACAGCAUCGGUCAACCCCACCUACCCGGCGUUCAGACCGUCUUCAGGUCUCAAGCUCAUCUCUUAUUCGUCGAUCGCGUCGAUCGAGACGGGUUCCCGAUCGCUUCCGACCAUAG